GCGGCUUCCGGUCGGCAAGAUGGUGGCACGCAGGAGGAAGCGUGCGGCGCGGGACUCUCGGGAGGAGAUUCCGAGCCCGCCGGGCUACUCAGCCAUUCCUAUCAAGUUCUCUGAAAAGCAGCAGGCGUGUCAUUAUCUCUAUGUGAGAGAGCACAGAGUUCGAGAAGGCAUCACCUCUUCCUGGCCUCAGAAGCGGACCCUUUUUAUCCUCAAUGUGCCCCCAUACUGCACAGAGGAGUGCCUGUCCCGCCUCCUCUCCCCCUGUGGACCUGUGCGGUCAGUGGAGUUACAGGAGAAGCCGGACCUCGCCGAGAGCCCAAAGGAGCCAAAGUCGAAGUUUUUUCACCCCAAGCCUGUUCCAGGGUUCCAGGUAGCUUACGUGGUGUUCCAGAAGCCCAGUGGGGUGUCAGCUGCCUUAGCCCUGAAGGGCCCUUUGCUGGUGUCGACAGAGAGUUACCCCAUGAAGAGUGGCAUUCAGAAGUGGAUCAGUGACUACACAGACUCCGUGCUGGACCCCGAGGCCCUGAGGGCGGAGGUGGACUCAUUCAUGGAGGCGUAUGACAAGAGGAUCGCUGAGGAGGAGGCUAAGGCUAAGGAGGAGGACGGGGUCCCCGAUGAGGAGGGCUGGGUGAAGGUGACCCGCCGCGGCCGGCGGCCCGUGCUCCCCCGGACAGAGGCAGCCAGCCUGCGGGUGCUGGAGAGGGAGAAGCGGAAGCGCGCCCGCAAGGAGCUGCUCAACUUCUAUGCCUGGCAGCACCGCGAGACCAAGAUGGAGCAUCUGGCACAGCUGCGUAAGAAGUUCGAGGAGGACAAACAGAGGAUUGAAUUGAUGCGGGCCCAGCGCAAAUUCCGACCCUACUGAGCCAGCGUGGAGGGGGCAGCGGUGGCCAGUGAGGACGUGAGGCGCAGGAACGCUGCAGACUGGACCUGCCUAGGCUGAGGGGCCGCCACACGGCAAAGAUCUGAGUCCACACGGGGGGUGAAGGACAGUGUCACCCUGGUACUUGAGCUUCAGGCAUCCUGGCGCUCAGUGCUGGCGAGGCCAACAGCCCGAGUAGUUCCUUCCCGCCCCUG